AUGAGUAACCUGGAAGUUGUAGUCGUUGUUCCCGAAAUUGUUCCUCCCUUUGUGAAUUAUGUAAAUUAUACUGAAGAAUAUGAGAGGAUGAUGGGUUAUGGUCCUGGGAUUGUAUGGCAAGUGUUGAGACAAUUGGCCAAAGAGAUGAAUCUGACAUAUAAUGUAAAGAGAGCAGGGUACUCCAUGGCCACUCGAUGGGAUGACGCAUUCUCUGCACUUCAUCACAGCGAGGCUGAGAUUGUAGUUGGGGCAGCAGUUCUGCAAGCAAGUACUGAUGCCAAUGUUUCUUUUUCCCAUCCCUUUUUAUUUGAAGCAACUGGAGUCUUAUAUCAGAUGUCAGAAGCACAUAUUUACCAGAGAUAUGCAUACGUCUUUUCAAUUUUCCCCGUUGCCGUAAGUUUUAUAAGUCAGUCAAUCAUAAUCCUCGUUUUUACAGGUUAUUGCAGCGAUUGUAAUAUGUCUGACUGCUGCUAUAUUGUUUUUAUUUUAUGUGGGAUGUGACUAUUCUACAAUUUAUUGUUCAAAUACAAACAGAUCCUGUGUUACAGUAGCCAUGACCGUUUUAUCGGCGUUUUUUGGACAAGGUGGGAAUUAAAACUAAAAAGUGUUAAUAUAGCCCCUCAUGAUGAUUGAAUAAGUAGUAAUUGUUUAAUCUUAUGGUAAUAGAAAAUAUGGUCUCCGGGAUCUAGAAGAGGGUUUACAGAGUCUUGACCUUUGGCGCCCUCAGUUUCGGGCCAAACUCGAUGCUUGUUUCCCACUUUAACUCCGUCUGGUUACCAGACUCUACGUCGAUGUGGCUGUAUGCUCUAUAAUUCUGAGAGGUCAUUUUGCCGAAGAACUCUCUUUUAUUAACUACACGGUGUGAAUAGGGUACGAGUUUGUAGCGCUUCCCGAAAAAAACGCCGUGGCCGAAGACCGGCCCGGUUGCCCCUGUCUGAUCAGAUUGCACUUUUUGUUCUAACAACUGUAUUUCUUUCAGAUGUAAGAUUAAAAACCGAGAGUUUUCCCUUGAGAGUUGUGAUCAGUUUUCUGUAUCUUUUAUCCAUUAUGAUGUUCAUUACCGCCGUAGGGAGUUCUAUUUUUAUCCCAAAUAUCCAAUAUAAUGAUAAACAUACCUUUAAAAGUAGGUUUCUUUUGAGAUAAUUAUACAUACAAGGCGUUCUACUUUAAACCUGGCUCACUGGCAGAAGCUCCUUAUUUAUUGUCUGUGUGACAUUUGCGGAAAUUGACGAUUUUAGAAAACAAACGCUUAAAACAUUCCUGUUUUCACCUCGCUUCAUCAAAUUGUUGUAUGUAUAUCCAAUUUUUCCUAUCUAACAGGGGAAGUACCCCAAGUGCGACGCUCAGAUUUUGAUGAAACUUGGCACAAAUUUAGAAUAAUUUUUUCUAAGAUAUAUGCGAGAAUCCUAGCUCGCGCUUUGCAGAAACAACCGAGAUUUUUAGAUCGAAAGUCGGCGAAAAUUUAGGACUUUUUGCCGAAUUUCGGCACGAAAAGUUUCAUUCCUAUUUCUACCGUAAAGAAUAAUGUUUCUACAAAAAAUCAUAUUUUUCCGCACGAAACUGCCAAAGUUAUGGCCAAAAAGCGUUUUUCUCUCUGACCGCUCUCCACGUUUAGCGUGCUCUCUCGGCGGCAUAAAUCGUCCGAUAUCUCGGCGGCGCCUGCAAAGCGCGAGCUAAAACUUUCAGGAAUUUAUAUUUCGUCUAUUCCCGACGUGUGUGCAAAAUUUAAAGAAAAUCUGAGCGUCGCACUUGGGGUACUUCCCUUGUAAAUUUUCGAGCCCUUCAAUGGAAAGGCUAAAGAUUAUUUGUGAAUUGCGAUCCGCAUGCCGCCGGCCUCUAGGUUUUGUAAAAACAUAUUACACACAUGUAUAAUAUAUUAUCAUAUAUAUUUCAAAAUUCAAAAGUUUGCAAAAUUUGAACAAAAUUUGAAAUGUUUUCGUUUCGGGACUGGGAAAGACGAAUUUUUUGUGAAUUAUUGAUGAAAAUUUGAAAAGUUUUCGAUUCGGGACUUGGAAAAAAAGGGUUUUUUGUGAAAAUUGAACAAAAUUUGAAAUGUUUUCGAGCUGACUGAAUAUGAAUUGACUAACAGGGGAAGUACUCCAAGUGCGACGCUCAGAUUUUGAUAAACCUGGCACAAAUUUAGAAUAUUUUUUUCUACGAUAUAUGCGAGAAUCCUAGCUCGCGCUUUGCAGAAACAACCGAGAUUUUUAGAUCGAAAGUCGGCGAAAAUUUAGGACUUUUUGCCGAAUUUCGGCACGAAAAGUUUCAUGCCUAUUUCUACCGUAAGGUAUAAUGUUUCUACAAAAAAUCAAAUUUUUCCGCACGAAACUGCCAAAGUUAUGGCCAAAAAGCGCUUUUUUCUCUGACCGCUCUCCACGUUUAGCGUGCUCUCUCGGCGGCAGAAAUCGACAUUAAUUAAUUCACAUUAAACAACAUUAAUUAAUUUAAUUAAUUAAUGUUGUUGUUUUGGGGCCUAGUACUGCUUAAAAAACACAUUUUUAACACUUGGUACUAAAUAGUACUACGUGGUACCAUCGCUUUUAGACAAAAUUUUAGUUCUGGCGGCACCACGGUUCAUAUUCAGUCAGGCACCCUUUUUUCUACUCCCGAAGCGAAAACAUUUCAAAUUUUGUUAAAAUUUUCCAAAAAAAUCCUUUUUCCCAGUCCCGAAGCGAAAACAUUUCUAAUUUUGUCCAAAUUUUACAAAAAAUCCUUUUUUCCAAGUACCGAAGCGAAAACUUUUCAAAUUUUCUUCAAUAAUUCACAAAAAAUCUUUUUUUUUCAAGGUGCACUGUUCGCCCAGGUGCACGGUUCGCCCAGGUGCACUGUUUGAUUCAGGUGCACUGUUCGGACAAUAACCGAAUUUUAGGCAGAAGCGCGCCAUACUUUGUAUCAAGGGCAUACAGACAAGAAAUACGGGCUUUCUGCCAUUGACCUAGGUUUGAAGUAAAUAUUUAGAACGCACACGUCUUAUAUAUGUUCAUUGUUAAGGGUUUGAAGAUGUUUUGAAUGCAAUUGAGAGCUCUCACUACACAAUUGUUCUCCAUGAGAACUCAGCCAGGACAUCCAUGAUUCAGGUAAUUAUUUUUAAAUACUUUCAAAAUAUUAAAAUUUAUGUCACUUUUUGUAAUUUGAUUUUAAUUUUUUUGCAGGCAUCUGUUUACCAUGAUGUAAAACGUCUGUGGGAUUAUAUAAAUAAGCAUAAUCGUGUGAUUUACAGUCGUACAAUUGAUGAGGGUAUGUCAACUUGAAUCUGUCUUCAAUGUGUUUCAGGGGUUCAAAUGGUCCGAGAUCAUCCCUAUUUUCUAUUGGUGGGACCUUAUGACACUUUGAAUGUCAUUUCCAAGGCUGAUUGCCGUCUUCAACUUCUCCCUCAGCAUGUUUUGCCUGCUUAUCAAGCCAUUGCCAUGAAAUUGGAUUCUCCAUAUAUUGAUCCCAUGAAUAAGAUGUAAGUCGAUGUCAGUAUUUAUUUAUAUUUUUUAAGUGUCCUUCGUUUGGUUGAACAUGGCUUUAUCAACAAAUGGAUAACUGGCUAUGGCAACUAUGUCAGCGACCGUCGUAAAAGAGAACCGGAUUACUGUAGCCAUCUCUCAUCCAAAUUCCUUCCCAUCAAAUUGCCCUUUGUCAUCAGUGCUUUUAUUUCCUUAGCCUUCGGCGUCGUUUUUUCUUUGGCCGCUUUGAUCACUGAGCUGUAUGUCCCCGGAUCCGGUGUUACUCAUCGCUCGUUUAUCAGAUUGUUUACUAUUUAG